CUUUGCAUGGUCCACCAGUGACAUGAAAGGAAUAGAUCCGAACGUCACCACCCAUAAGCUAAAAGUUGACCCUACUUUCAAACCGAUCAAACAGAAGCGUCGUAAGCUAGGCCUCGAAAAGGCUCAAGCUGUUAACGACGAAGUUGACCGACUUACGAAAGCUGGGUCCAUUCGAGAGGUACAUUACCCCGACUGGUUAGCUAACCCAGUAGUGGUAAAGAAGAAAAACGGGAAGUGGAGAAUCUGUGUAGACUUCACAGACCUAAACAAAGCUUGUCCUAAAGACAGCUUCCCGUUACCUCACAUCGACCGCCUGGUUGAAGCAACAGCUGGCCAUCGACUCCUAUCCUUCAUGGAUGCCUUCUCAGGAUACAACCAAAUCAUGAUGGAUCCUGAGGACCAGGAGAAAACUGCAUUCAUAACCGAACGAGGAACCUAUUGUUAUAAGGUUAUGCCAUUCGGAUUAAAGAACGCAGGAGCUACCUAUCAGAGGCUAGUAAAUAAGAUGUUUGCUGGACAACUUGGAAAAACCAUGGAGGUCUAUAUCGACGACAUGCUAGUCAAAUCCUCAGCUGGAGAAGAUCAUAUCUCCCACUUAAGGGAAUGCUUCGAUAUCCUGAACAAGUACGAUAUGAAGCUCAAUCCCACUAAAUGUACUUUCGGGGUACCCUCAGGCGAGUUCCUAGGCUAUCUCGUAACCGAAAGAGGCAUUGAAGCCAACCCGCAGCAGAUAGCAACCUUCCUAGAAAUGCCGUCACCUAAGACGACCAGAGAGGUACAGAGAUUGACUGGACGAAUCGCGGCAUUGAAUCGAUUCAUAUCCAAGUCCACCGAUAAAUGUCUCCCAUUCUACAAGCUUCUAAGAAAUAAUAAGAAGUUCUUAUGGGACGAGAAAUGUGAGGAAGCCUUCAAGCAAUUGAAAGCUUACCUCUCCGAACCUCCGAUCCUAUCUAAACCAGUAGUAGGAGAGCCAUUGUACCUAUACCUCGCUGUAUCAACUGCUGCAGUCAGCGGCGUUCUAGUACGAGAGGAACAAAACGAACAAAGACCUGUCUAUUACACCAGUAAAAGUUUGAUAGACGCCGAAACCAGGUACCCUGCAAUGGAAAAACUAGCUCUAGCAGUCGUAACAGCUGCCAGAAAAUUGCGACCUUACUUCCAAUCGCACUCGAUCGUUGUAAUGACCUCACAACCAUUACGAAUGAUAUUGCACAGCCCUAGCCAGUCAGGGCGAUUGGCUAAAUGGGCCAUAGAGCUCAGCGAAUAUGAUAUUGAGUAUAGACCUCGAGCAGCAGCGAAAGCUCAGGUCCUUGCCGACUUUAUCAUUGAACUGACAUCCGAGCAGUUAGACUCCGAAAUGGAAUCUCCGAAGUGGAGCCUAUACGUCGACGGAGCCUCAUCAAAACAGGGCUCCGGUAUCGGUCUAAGGCUAACUUCUUCAGCAGGAGAAACCAUUGAGCAGUCAUAUAGGCUCGGAUUCAGCGCCUCAAACAACGAAGCUGAAUAUGAAGCACUAAUCGCAGGGUUGAAGCUCGCCCUAAGCCUCGGAAUCCGAGAGCUAAACGCUUAUAGUGAUUCACAGCUAGUAGCUAGCCAGUUUCACGGAGAAUAUGAAACGAGGGACGAAAGAAUGGGGGCAUAUCUCGAAGUCGUCCAGAACCUCACUAGGCAGUUCGACAAAUUCGAGCUAACGAGAAUCCCACGAGGUGAGAACUCCUCAGCAGAUGCGUUGGCUGCUUUAGCUUCCACGUCAGACCCCCUCGUAAAACGAAUCAUACCCGUAGAAGGAAUCGAGAAACCAAGCAUCGACAUAGCUACUAAAGCUGAGAAAGAGAGCAAACUAACAGCGCAACCCGAAGGUACCUGCCCUGAAACGGUAGCUACCCAGGUUUUCACAACAUUUUGGUUUCCAAAAACCAGAAUAUGCAGCGCAAAAAAGCAUACCUCCGGGAACACAAUCCAAAUCACGGAAGAUAUUCCUCGAAAUUCAGACUCCUUAGAGCCUGAUCUCGAGAAAGACUCCCUGGAGCCCAAUCCUACCAAUACCUCCGGGGGCACCACGACACCAGGUCCCGAACAGGAACCUCCCUCGUCUCUUCAUAACAAAGUUGUAGGAAGAGAGGAUUGGAGAAUUCCAAUCACGCAAUACAUCCUGGAGGGAAAGACUCCACCCAAUAAAUGGGAGGCUCGAAAGCUCAAAGCAUUAAGCGCGAGAUAUUGCGUAACUGAAUCUGUCCUCCUCAAACGAAGCAUUUCCGGACCUUACCUAAAAUGCGUCCAUGGCCUCGUUGCUAUGAGACUCAUGAAGGAAAUGCACGACGGUUCCUGCGGGAACCACUCUGGAGGAAGAGCUUUAGCCAUCAGAAUCAAAAGACAAGGAUAUUUCUGGCCUACCAUUAUUGCAGAUUGUGAGGCCUAUUCCUCUUCAUGCGACAAAUGCCAGAGGCAUGCACCGAUUAUACACCAACCUGCGGAAAAGCUGUCUAACAUAUCCGCCCCUUAUCCAUUUAUGAGAUGGUCCAUGGAUAUCGUGGGACCACUAGUACCAUCAGGAAGUGGAAAGAAGAAGCUACGCUUCCUCUUAGUCUUAACGGACUACUUCACGAAAUGGAUAGAGGCUGAAGCUUUCCAGCAGGUAACCAGGGUCGAGGUCGAGCAAUUUGUAUGGAAAGAUAUCGUGUGUAGACACGGCGUCCCAUACGAAAUCGUAACUGACAAUGGAGGACAAUUCAUAUCCCACGAUUUCAAAAUAUUUUGUGACAAGUGGAAUAUUCGCCUGACCUUCUCAUCACCUCGCCGACCUCAAGGUAACGGACAGGCGGAGGCUGCUAAUAAAUCAGUAUUAGCAAACCUCAAGAAACGCCUCGGAACCCAGAAGGAACUCUGGUCAGAGAAGUUACUUGAAGUACUUUGGGCAUGUCGGACCACCCCACGAAAAGCUACAGAAGAAACUCCUUUCUCCUUAGCAUAUGGGAUGGAAGCUGUCGUUCCAGCUGAAACCAUUGCUGGUAGCCUCCGCCGGGAACUCUGUACAUCCAAUCCCGCAGCUAAUGAUCAGCUCCUAACUGACAGCCUCGAUCUAAUCGAGGAAAGACGGGACCGAGCUUUGAUUCGCAUUCAGAACUAUCAGCAAGCAAUGGCACGACAGUACAAUUCCAAAGUCAGGCUCCGGCAGUUCGCUGUAGGUGACCUAGUACUUAGGAAAGUUUUCGAAGGAACCAAAGAACCAAAUGCUGGGAAGUUAGGAACCAACUGGGAAGGUCCCUACCAGAUCAUCCACGUGGUACGACCUGGCGUUUACAAGCUCCGAAAGGUGCGAACCGGGGUACCUGAAAUCAGAUCGUGGAACGCCACGAAUCUUAAGAGAUAUUAUCAUUAGGUACCUAAAAUUCCUGAACUACGUUAGGCUUGAUCCCUUGACUGGGUACGUAGGCAACUCCGUCAUGAGUGCAGCCCCAACCUCAUUUCAACACUUCGUUCACUACAAUCAAAGGGGGCAUAUGUCUGAUUAAAAUCACAUAGCCCACGCAGCAAGUGUAUGAUCGUUAUAAUACAGCAAUUGUAUGAUUACUAUGAUACCAUGUAUCCAAUUAUCAAUAAAGAAAUUAUUCUCGAUAUCUCAAUU